AUGUGGUGGUUCCAGCGGGGUCUGUGCAUCCUGCCUGUGGCGCUGGUCAUCUGGACUGCAGCCUCCUUCAUCUUUGCAUAUAUCACCGCCGUGGUGCUGAGACACGUGGAUCCUCUGGUACCUUAUAUCAGGUCAGAGUCUGAACACACAAACACCUGUGUGUGCAAUAUGUGAGCGAUCUAGUAAACAUGGCUCGCAAGUGUCAGUAAUAAUCCUCACUGAUAAACUUGUUUUGUAUUGCAGCGACACGGGGACAAUGGCACCAGAGAGGUGUGUGUUUGGCAUCAUGCUCGACAUAUCGGCUUUUCUAGGUAACACAUGUACACACUCACACCAAUCACAAAUUGUAGAGCUUUUUAAGCAGGUCAAGCCCUUCAUUUGUGAAUCAUAAGAAAGAUUAAGGGCCUUUGUCCACUGACAGCAGUUUUCAUGUCUCCAGCACAUAGGACCUUGAUUUCAGAGCGCUCCUCAUCAGCACUUAGUGUUCGGAUACAAAGGUUGUCUCAUGCCAUUUCGACUUCUUUUAGAUAAAUCUCAUUUCAGCCUAUUUAAAAAAAAAAAAUCAUACUUAACAUUUGCCAUAAUUUUAGAAAAUAUUAUGAAGUUUCCAUAAAAACAGUGGAAAAGUGUCUUCAGCGUUAUUAGUAGGAACAGACCUGUUAAAUAUACCCUAGAAAAAUCAAGAACAGCGACAAAAAUAGGGCUCCUACCUACACCUUAAAAGCCAAACUGCAGAAAACAGGUGGCCAGUGCAAAAAUGAUGCAAGUGGACACAGGCCCUAAAGGUGACCCAGUUGAAUGCUUGCACUCGCAGAACCUUAAAAGACUCAAGCAGUAAAGUGAGUUAAGAGUGCAGGAUGUUGCAGGAUGAGGAUCAGAUAUAUUAGAUGUAGAAUGUAAACAUGCAAACUUAAUUUGACUUUAAUUUCUGUGUGUGUGUGUGUGUGUGUGUGUGUAUGUGUGUGUGUGUGUGUCUGAGCAGGUAUUGCCACAGUGUAUGUGCGGUACAAACAGGUGGAGGGUCUAACAGGUGAAGACGAGCUCAAACUGAAACGCCUGAACCGUUUCGGGCUGCUGCUCGGCUGGAUCAGCUCCUUCGGGAUGUGCGUGGUCGCAAACUUCCAGGUGAGUCCAGCUGCUCCUGGAUCAGCUCACACCUGCGCUGAGUCUGCAGAGUUUAACGGCUGUGUUUCUGUGUGUGUUUGUGCAUUCUCGUGUGUGUGUGUGUCGGAGCAGAAGACCACCCUAUUCUCCAUGCACCUGGUGGGAGCGGUGCUGACCUUUGGUGUCGGAGCUCUGUACAUCUUUGUGCAGACGCUGCUCUCCUGCUAUAUGCAGCCUCACGUCCACAGUAAAUCCACCUUCCUGGUCCGCCUCGGCAUUGGGCUGUGGACGCUGAGCAGCAUCAUCAGCAGUAUCCUCUGACAUCAUCACAGUGCGACGAUCCAGCUGUGAUUGAGUUAAUUACACCUUUAUUUACGUGAAAAUUUGGCCUGAAUCUGCUCUUUUGCUGCUUGGCUCUGUGCUUCCUUGUCCUUUAACAUCCACCGGCUGUAUUUUCAAAGUGCAGGAAGGAGAAUCACCAGCUGGAAUCACUGAUUGGACCUUUACGGGUCAGCUAGAUUAUCUGUGGUUUUAUCCAAAAUUCAAGCUCUUAUUCAAAUGUACAGAUAAAGUAUUUAAUUCAAAAUACAUAAAGCACAUCAGGUUGUCUGAAGUAGCUCUAGUUGUAACCUGACCAUCGAAUGGCAAUCUUGACCCAUACAGUAAUGAGUUUCGAUGUUGUUUCGAUAAAAACCUUAAAAAAUGGGCAUCUGAGCUCAUCAAACCUCUCCUAUUGCUGCUAAAAUUAUAUCUUUAUUGUGCUUAAAGGAUUUUAAUGAGCAAAAAGUUGUGAUCCUUAACCUCCUCUCAGUGUUUAUAUCCUCAGUCAUCAUGUACAGCAUCCUGAGAGGAGUGGAUGUCCCUCACAAACUUCACUGGACUCCCGGAGAGAAGGUCAGUCGUCCAGAAUUGUUUCACAGAUGUUAAAUGUCGUCUAAGCUUUAAGUAACUAAACUUUUCUGUUGGAAGAAGACACAGACACAGAGCUGGUUACUCAACAUUUUGCUUUAUUAGCGGUUUGUUUCUCAUCUCUUCAGGGCUACACGGCUCACAUCGUCAGCACUGUGUCGGAGUGGUCUCUGGCUCUCUCCUUCAUCAUGUUCUUCCUCACCUACAUCAGAGACUUUCAGGUACUAUGGUUUCCAUCUGUUGUGGAGAUACAGUCAGAGAAGUGCAGCUUAGCUUUGUUCAAUUGAUUUUUGCUUUUAAGUAAACCUUCAGUUUGAUUCUCAGUAACAUGAUAGUGUUGUGAGGGAUUGGAUGUGGACAGACUCUGAAACUACACUGAUCUUCUCUGUGGGAUAGAAAAACACAGAGUUUGCAACAGAAAUAAAAUGCAGGUCUCACAAAGCGAGUGGAUUUUACUGUAAAUUGUUGCAUUGGUACAGUUCUGUUUGGUCCGCUCCCGUCCUCUACUCCCUUGACUCCUUGGCUUGUAGUUUGCACUGACUGCCUCUUAUGUCAUUGUUUUGCAGGUCACUAUCAGGCAAUAUUAACAGAGUUUUAAUGUUUUUAAUUUUGUUAUAGAAAAUUCAGUUACGAGCAGAAGCAGUGAUGCAGAGCAGACACCUGUAUGACCUGCUGCCGGAUCACAAAGGUGAAGCCUCCGAGGACUCUCCACUGCUGGGAGGACGGACGUGA